GCUAAAAAUGCUUAGCAUGCAUGCUUGAUUGCCUCCGACCCUGAGCGCUGAGAACAGCCACUCGCGCGGUGUGGUUCUUAUCGCAGGAAGACCAUGUGGCAAUCAUCAGGUGCUGCUGCUCGCCAGAUAGCCGGUGGUAUUCCUAUAUAACUCGGCUGUCCCGUGUCCUGCCGUUGAAGCCUCCAUACGCACCUCAUCACCAUGGAGAGCAAGUCGGCUAGUGUAUCUCCCGAGCUGGAAAUGCCCACCAGCUAUGACGAGAAGAAGGGCAGUCAAGAACCUGCGUCUGUGGAGCCUCAGAUCCUUGAAAAAGGCCAGACUGUGCGCAUCGGCGAGGAUGAUGACUUUGACAGUGACCAGGUGGUGAGCACGGCUCAGGAUCUGGUCACCCAUAUCAUCAAAGUCGAGGAUGAUCCAAGUCUGAACCCAUGGAGCUUCCGGAUGGUGUUCCUGGGUGCCGGAUUGUCCAUCUUCGGCGGUGUGCUUCAGGAGAUUUUCUACUUCAAGCCACAGACCAUCUACGUCUCGCAGGUGUUCUUGACCGUCAUUGCCUACGUUCUGGGGGAGUUCAUGGCCUAUUUCAUUCCCCGUCGGGGCUAUAUUGGUCGGCUGCUGAACCCUGGGCCGUUUAAUGCCAAAGAGCAUGCCGCCAUCUCUCUCAUGUCCUCCGCUGCCACCCAGUCCGCCCUGGCCACCGAGGCCCUGUCAGCCCAACAACUCUUCUACGGGGGCUAUCCGAACCACGCCGCCGCUGUGUUCAUCGUGUUGUCCUCCCAGUUGAUCGGUUUUGGCAUUGCGGGUCUGCUGCGCGAUGUCAUUGUUCGUCCUACCAAGAUGAUCUGGCCCAUGACCCUGCCCAUCAGCAGUCUGCUCGAGUCGUUACACAAGGAUAAGACUGAGGCCAAGGCACGGAUGAAGAUUUUCUACAUUUUCUUCUUCAUUCUCUUCUUCUGGACCAUCAUUCCCGAGUACAUCUUCCCCAUCCUGGAAGGUUUCUCGAUUUUCUGCUUGGCCGAUCAGCACAGCCUGGUGUUCACCAACCUGUUCGGUGGUGCCUCUGGUAACGAGGGCCUUGGAUUCCUCUCCCUCUCUUUCGAUUGGAACUACAUCGCUUCCCUGGGCUCACCGCUGUGGUAUCCGCUGUAUGCCAUGACCAACAACUUCAUCGGAUACUUGGGCUGCAUCAUUCUCUUCAUGGGCAUUUACUACGCCAACAUCUGGCGCUCUCAGGACUUUCCAUUCCUGUCCCAGUUGCUCUACUAUGGUGACUCCAACUCCACCUACUACCAUGAGUAUAACCAGACCCUGAUUCUCAACUCGGAGUUCAUCGUGGAUCCCGCGGCCCUCAAGGAACAGGGUCUGCCCUGGCUGACCGGAACUUAUGUGGUGUACCUCAUCACCUCCAACAUGGGCGUGACCGCCACGCUGACCCACAUGUUGCUGUGGGAUUUCGACGACAUCAAGAUCGGCUGGGCCUGGGCUGCGCCGAGCAAACUCAAGAAAUGGCUGAAGCCAGAGACCUAUAAAUUCUGGGCCAAUCAGGAGACUCCUGAGGAACGCUUGGCGCGUCGUGUCAACGACGACACGCUGGACCCUCACUACCGUCUCAUGCUUCGCAACCUCUACCAGGAUACCCCGUUGUGGUGGUGGGGUGCCGUGCUGAUUGCCAGUUUUGCCGUUGGCCUGGGCUGUCUGUAUGCCAUGAAGUCUACGCUUCCCUGGUGGGGGUUCAUCGUCGGAAACAUCCUGACCCUAGUCUUCAUGCUCUUCUUUGGCGCCCAGUACGGGCUGACAGGGUUCCAGUUCAACGUGCAGCCCAUUUGUCAGAUGUUGGCGGGCUACAUGUUCCCAGGCAAGCCAUUAGCCAACCUCUACUUCACCUGCUUCACCUACAACUCCCUCCAACAAGGCCAAGUCCUAGCCAAGGAUCUGCGUCUAGCCCAGCAGGUGCACCUCUCCCCCCGAUGCACCUUUUUCGUCCAAGUCAUGGGCUGUAUCAUCGGCGCUCUAUUCAACUACGUGAUGAUGCUAAUCAUCGUCCGCAACCAAUCCGAAGUCCUCAUCUCCAUCGACGGCACCAACAUCUGGAGCGGUGCCAACGUCCAGCAAUUCAACAGUCUCGCCAUCGCCUGGAGUAUCGCCAACGACAUGUUCUCCAUCGGCGGUCGCUACGAAUGGGUCACCAUCUCCUACCUCGUCGGCUUCAUCGUCCCUGUCCCCUUCUGGCUCGCGAAUCGCUUCUACCCGCACCCGAUCUUCUCCUACCUCAAUACCUCCAUUAUCCUCUGGUACAUGGGUUGGUUGUUCGUCGGUAUCAAUGCCUCGAUUCUGUCGUAUUUCCUCCUCGGAUUCGCGGCGCAGUUCUGGCUCCGCCGGUACCAUCCGCAGUUGUUUAAUAAGUAUAAUUAUAUUGUUUCGGCGGCGUUGGAUGGGGGGACGCAGAUUUGUGUUUUUAUUCUCACGUUUGCGGUGUUUGGGGGGAGUGGGACUGAACAUCCUUUUCCGACGUGGGCUGGGAACCCCAACACCGACAUUCACAACUUGGAUUACUGCAAGGUGAACCCGGCCACUCUAUAGCUCUGAGGACGUGAAUAACCCGACACUGUGAUCACAUGUAUGGGUGAUACAUAGGUGUAUCAUCGGUGUUGAGAGAGUGAGGAACUUUUGUUCUCCGUCUUCA